UGUUAGUAAAAAUUCGGGAUAAUUUAAAAAAAAAACACGCUCGGUCGCUAACACGAAAGAAUACAGAUAAAAGGCAAUAUAUACGCAGUUGAAUAAAUUCGUGAGUUUGGAUUGCUGUAAUUAGAGAGUUUGUAUUGUGGGCCGUCACGCUGGUCUCUGUUCUGAGCGACAUAUUGUUGUAAUGUCUUUUUGGAUAACGUUUUAACUACGGAUUUGAUUAGACACAGACUCUCAACAUGGAUUCUCGCUAUGGUCGUAAUUUUUCGGGCGGAGGCGGUGGAAGACGCUUUAGUCGCUCGCGUUCACGCUCCCGGGAACGCAGUCGGGAGCAUAAUUUUAGAAGACGUAAUUCACGCUCUCGGAGCCGGGAGCGUGCAUCUUACUACCGGAACACGGGCAGUGCCGAUAAGGACUUAUAUCGGGAUCUAAUUAAUGAAGAUUAUAAAGAAGAACGUAAUUAUGGUGGACAGUCGCGCAACUAUGACCAUGUCUCGCAACGUCGCGAAGAUAACUUUGAUAAUGAACGUGACCAGCGGGAUAUGCGUGAUCAGCGCGAGCCGCGAGAUCAGCGGGAUCAGCGUGAUAUGCGGGAUCAGCGUGAUCAACGUGAUAUGCGCGACCAGCGGGAUAUGCGUGAUCAGCGGGACCCGCGAGAUCAGCGCUGGAAGAACUACGAUCGUGAGCGGGAACAACGUGAACAACGUGAUCAACGUGACCGUGGUGCCGAUUUCGACAGGGGCAACGAUCGAAGAGACUAUCGUCAGAAUAACAAUGGCAAUGGGAAUUCUAUGGGUCCGGCAAGCAACAAUCGUGAUCGCGAAAAGCGCUAUUCUUCGGAUGAUGAUAGCGACGAUAGUGACGAUAGUCAAUAUCGUCAUACGCACACUAAGACCAGCAACCAGCCUAUGAAUACUAUAAUUGUGUUUGGUUUGGCAAAGCACAGAACGGAAGCGGAUAUUAUGAGUACGCUGCUGCAAGUGAAUAUGGCGCCAUCGUCUAUACGUCUUAUACGGAAAAAACGCACAGGUGCAUCACGUGGUUUCGCAUUUGUCGAGUUUAAUACCGUUGAGGAAGCAAAACAUUGGAUGGAGUUAACUAAGGGUGUGCUUCAAGUGCAAGGACAAUGGGUAUCACUACAAUACAGCCAUACUCGCAUCACGGAUUGGCAUUGUAAUAAGUGUGGCGUUUACAAUUUCAAGCGACGUUUUUCGUGCUUCAAAUGCAGCGCAUUGCGUGCAGAGAGUUACAGUCCCUUCAUUGGCGGUGAUGAAGUUAGCAACAUUCUAACAAAAAAGAUCAUGUUUCGCAAUCUGGAUGCGCUGACCAACGAGGAGGGCGUUUUAACUGUCAUGCAACAGUUAUUGCCCGAUUUGGCCAAAACCAUCAGUAAGGUGCUGAUCAGUCGCGAUACGCUCACCCAAGUAUCGCGUGGCAUUUGCUAUCUUAAUUUUGAAACGUUGAUUGACUCAAUGAAUGUCCACAAUGCACUGACGGCGUUGGAUCCUCCGCUAUCAAUCGAUGGUCGUGAUGUGAUCGUCAGCUAUUGCAUUGAUCAUGAGAACCGUCAGUUGUCAAAGGAAUCCCAAGGAGCGCCUAGUGGUAGCUCUGGCACCAUGCUGGGCGCUAUCGCUGCUGUGCCCCCCUCGGGAGCAGGUGGCACUUACACAUUGGCCGACGUGCCACGUCUGGCUGAAUAUAGCGCAUCAUUAUAUGCUUCCACACCGGCAGAACAGGCGCACUAUGUGCGCUACUACACAGAAUAUUAUGUAGCGGAAAUAAAGAAGGGUCAAUUUGGUGGCGAUUCACAUCUAACGGAGGCAAAUUCGGGUGCAGCCGUUGCCCUUUCUGCCAUACAACGUAAACAGAAGAAGAUGAGCGGCAUAGAGACUACAGCGACGGCUGCUGCCGCGGCAGCGGCACAAGCGGCUGCAGUAGUAAAGGCCACGUUAUCGGCGGCACAAAAUGUGGUGACACCGAAGGGCAACGAUGGCAAAACAUACCCCACGCCCGAUGUGUCCCAGUAUCAGUAUGAUGAAACAUCUGGCUAUUAUUAUGAUCCCAGUACGGGUCUUUAUUAUGAUGCGCACUCCCAGUACUAUUACAAUAACGAAACGGGCGCCUAUCUUUAUUGGGAUCAGCGUCGCAGCACCUACAUCUUGGCCACGCCCGCCUCUACUCAGGCUGCACUACAGGAAGUGCUGGCCGCGGAGACACAGGUUGAACAAAAGUCUCAAGAAGAGGAAUCAAAGAAAGACAAGACCAAAGACAACAACAAGCCUGACAAGGUAAAGGUGGCCAAGAAAAUUGUGAAAGAUAUGGAAAAAUGGGCCAAACAAUUAAAUCAAAAGAAGGACUACACUGUAGUUGCCACACCCCAGCCUAUACUGGCGGGACGUGGCGAGGCGGUGGAAGCUCCAAGCACGUCUCGCGCCGCAGCUGGAGCCGGCGGUGCCUAUGCCGAUGUGGGCUUUUCCAUUCUAGAGAAAAAGGAACGCGCAAAAUUGAAUGAUUAUUUGCCAACAGCGAGCAACGUUGCGGCUCCGCCGGGCAUGAAUAAGCUGGUGAAUGCUUACGGAGGCUCUGAUUCAGAAGACGAAACCAGUGUAGCAGCUGCCCCCGGCGCUGUAGAUGAAAUGGAUUAUGUAGAUAUGCAAAAGCUAACUUGUUUGUUGUGUAAGCGUGCUUUCCAAUCGAUCGACGUACUGCAAAAACAUUUGAAAAUGUCAAAUCUGCACAAGGAGAAUUUGGCGAAGCAUAACUUGAGCAUGGGUUCCAGUGCCGGAGGCGACGAUACAGCCAAUGCGGGUCUAUCCUAUCGAGAUCGCGCCAAGGAGAGACGUUUGAAAUAUGGAGAGUUUGAUCCUCCACCUGUCAAUCGCAAUCGGGAGCGUUUCCAGCAAGAGAUUAAAACUUUGCAGACGCGACAAAAUGAGAGCGGUGGUACGCCCGCCAUGCCAAUUAGCUCCAAUAAUGUGGGAAGUCGAUUGCUGCAGAAAAUGGGCUGGUCAGAGGGCCAGGGACUGGGACGCAAAAAUCAAGGGCGCACCCAGAUAAUAGAGGCUGAUUCUCGAUCCAAUAAUGCAGGCCUGGGCACAAAGGGUAGUGGCAUUUCAUCUGGCGAUGAUUAUAAAACGUACAUUAAGAAAAUGAUGAAGUGGCGCUACGAAAACGCCUAAAUGUAUUGACUUACAUGAAAACAUUGAUAGGUUACUGUUUAUUUUAAAAUCCACAAUUGUACAUUAUAACUUUACAUUUUUACAUUUGAAUUGUGCUUAAAACAUCAGAGCUGUUACAUCCAUUUUUAAAAGGUCAUUUGCCCAUCAUUUCUAACAGUUCAUUAGUUUAAAUCGUUAAACAAAAUAUACACGUAAAUAUAUGUAUAAUUUCAAAAAA